AUGGACCCAUCCCAGCUCGACGAUCUCGACACCCGCCUGCAAAUCUGCACCAUCGGGUCUCCCACCGUGCCACCGCCCCCAACCGCCCCGGCCGCCGGCACUCAUUUCCACCCGCGCGUCGUAUCUGCGCCAGCCGCUCGCACACCCCCAUACGCAUCUCGACCCGAAGACGAAGAAGACGUCGGCGACAUCUCCAACAUCCUCACCCUGCUCUGCAACCUGCGUCACGUCAAAGACCCCGAGAUCCUGUACGCCGCGCUCCUGCGCCAGGCGUGGGCCGCGUACCGCGCGCGCGGCCUGCCGCCGGCGCAGUUCCGCACGCUCGUCGACGCGGAGUGCGGGCCGCAGAGGGAGAAUCUUGCGGCGAUGCUGCGUGAGAUUGAGAUGAGGAACAUGCGUCCCCAGUUCGGCAACGACAAGGCUGAGAUUGAGGACAUGAUGAGGGAGUAUCAAGAACGGAGCGUGGUGUUGAGGCAGAGGGAGGAGAUGUUGUUGAGCGUGCUGCCGGAGGGAGAGAGGGAGGGGUGGAAGUGGGAGCCGACGGCGGAUCAGUUCCGGGAAGGUAUGCCGACGGAGGAGGACUUGGCGCUCUUGGUGCGGAGUGUUGAGGAGAGGGAAGAAGAGAGGUCGAGGAAGAGGGCUGGGCGGGCGUCUCCAACUUGUAGUAGUUACAGAUGA